AUGACGAGUGAGUACGGUUGCAACGUGUGCAACGAAGAGUAUUCGGUUCAAGACCCUCUGAAAUGUCCUCGUGUUCUGACAGGAUGUGGACAUACGAUAUGCCAUAGCUGUGCCAUGAUAAUCGCCGGUAGAAACAUUUCCAUUUUCUGCCCAUUCGAUAGAACAUCCACUAACCUUCCCGGUGGUGAUUUGAACAAUCUGAAAAAGAACUUUGCUCUGCUGGAACUCUUGGAAAAAAUUGCUGACACCGGAGGGAUUUCUGAAAUCGGAGAAGGUGUGCAGAAACACGAUCGAUAUGCAAAGGAUAGAUUGUUGAAUGUGAAGUGUGAUGAAGACUCGGAACAUGUGGCAGUAUUUUACUGUACCGUUUGUGACAGUAACCUAUGUGAUAGAUGCUCGGAAUUCACACACUCUACCAAUGUUCUCUCGAAACAUCGACGAGUUCCUUUGACAGAAAAGCCUGUUCCUAAAGUUUGUUGUCGACUUCAUUCAUCUUACGUCGUGGAAUUUGUUUGCAAGGAAGUUUCAUGUGACAACGAGAGCCCCUUAAUGUGUCUAAUGUGCAGAGAUUACGGAAGACAUAAAGGCCAUUGCCACGUGUUGAUCGAAAAAGAGGUGGACGAUCUGAGAGAAAAACUUCGAGAACAUCUGGGAGAGCUAACCAGACAGUCGGAAAUUGUGGAAAGAUCAUUAAAUUCGAUAAACUCGACGAUUCAUGAGCUUACACCCGAAACUGACGAUGGAAGUUUGGAGGAAACUAAACAAGAGGCGAGUAUUCGCAACCAUUUCUACCGCCUCCAUUCUACCCUUGAUCAAGAUGAAAUCCAUGCACUUGAGACUUUAGACCGCUACGCGCGAAACAGACUCGAAAGUCUUCAAGCUCAAAAAGAUCGACUAGAAGCUGUUUCUACAAAAAUUGGGUCCACGUGCAUCACUCUUCAAAAGGCUUUAGUUUUGGAGAAGGACAAUAUUCUGGAUAGAAAAGAUGAUUUGUUGGCUUUGGCUGAGUCAACUAAUGCCGAACCGACUGAAGUUCCUGAUCGAUCACAAUUGAGGACUAGAAUUGCGUUCUCAUUUUCAAAUGAUCGAAAAUUGCAUAUUGGAGAUUUUAUUGAAGCUCGAGUGGUCUUAUUGGGACUAGACGGUUCCGGCAAAACCUCUAUUGUCCGCCGUCUAAAGAAAGUUCGCAUUGACGCAGUGAUGGCUCCACAUCCGACAAGUGGCUUCAAUAUUGAGACAAUCCAUUAUAAAAACUAUCGAUUGAAUGUUUGGGACGUCGGAGGUCUUCCUAAAUUACGGAAUCUCUGGAAGCAUUAUUAUUCAAAUGCUCAGGCUAUUUUUUAUGUUAUCGAUGGGCAUGCAGUGGAAAGAUUCAAUGAAGCAAUCAAAGAGUUAAAUAAGGUUAUGAGUGAUCCGUUGCUGAUUUCUUGUCCAGUAAUUGUGGCAAUCAACAGGAAAGGCGGCGCUUCCUCUUUGAAUGGGCACAUGGAUGUACUCAUGUCACAGUUGGAGGCGCUUCCCUUCCAACAUGAACUUCAUUUUUGCGAUGCGGCACAAGGAUCAGGAAUAGAUCAAAUACUGGAUCAGAUAACUGUUUGCUUGAGUCGUUUGAAUGGCACAUGUCCUGUAUAA